GGAGCAUUCUGGUCCGCGCCAGAGUUAGGGAAUUGCUGCUUACGGGCACGCGAGGUAAAACUACUGCGAGCAGUUUUACCGUCACCUCCGGAGGUCCCGGUGAUAGGCUCUGUCCCCAAAAUAGGUCUGUCCAGUCGUAGUUCUUCCUCACCUUAAGCUUUCCCGUCUCGGGAGUACACGAUUUGGCUUAAGGGCCGGGGCUCUCCUGAAGAGAGAGGGUUUGCUUUGCUGGGAAGAGCGAGUCUUGCAUUUCGCAGCCUCAAAUUUUAGCCGCGAUGUGGAGGGGGGUGCUUUGGGUGGUCCCCACGGCCUCUCCCGAGUGUCUGCCCCUGUGAGCUGUGGAAUUUGACAAUUUCUGAAGUGCUUGGUGCUGAAUUUUGGGGAAGAUAGGACCGAUUUACAGUUGUUCUCGUUUCGGGGAGGGAGGUGGGCGACGGGCAAGGAUCCAGACUUUGUUAACAGGGCUUUGAGUUUAAAGAAUUGACCAACUCCCGAGUUGAUUUCCUGUCGGACUUUUCGCGGUUGAGACAUAGAGUUGGGGUUUUGAUGGUAACCGAGUUCCAUUAGAGACAGACUGUGCAGCUUCGCUGUUUUAUUUUAAAUACAUUAAUGAGGAGGAAGAGAAAGACAAGACGUAGAGUGUUGGGGGCAGAGGCGGGAGUCGGGAGCGCCUGCGAAAUCGGGGUCCCUGUGGAGCUGGGGAGCCGUCGAGGCGCGCGAGGGCCGGGCCCCCUUGCCGCGUGGUCUUUGACAGGAAAGUCUCUGAUUUGGUUGGGGUCGGACCGCGUCCCUCCCCCCGCUCCCUCCUCUCCCCGGCUCUCCCGGGCUCUCCCCGGCUCUCCCCGCAGUGGGGCCGACCGGCUUCAGGUUGACUAACAGAGAGCGAUUUUCCGAGCAGCUUUGCAGCGCGGCGUUUUCUAAAUCGGCGCGUGGGCUGGGUGCCCUUUGGAGCCUCGCUCGUCCCGCCUGCAGCAAGUGCUGGGCGAUGGGAUACGGUUUUGGGGGCAGUGGAAGGGCUGCCUUUGAGAGUCCCGCAGGAAGAUUUAGAAAGUGAUUGUUCUUAAAACGGAGCGGCCUGGCUGUUGUAAUUGCCCUGUUUUGCUGUGUGUUCCUCAAAGUGGUCCCCGCGUGAGUGGUCCCUCAUUGUGAGCUGUGCCUCAUGUCAUGAGUUGAUGGCCUUGCGCCUUGGAAGCGAAUAUUUAUGACUUUUGAAAAUGUGUUUAAAAUGUCUUUAACGUCUAAAAAAGUCUCUUAGAAAACCAAAUGGCUUCUUGUUGUUAUGUUAUCAAGAAUUUAGAUUUCUGUGGUAAAUAUGAGGUUCAUUUUAAGUAAACUCAUUGUUAUGGGAUUUGAGACUUAAACGUGAAAUUAAUUUUGCACAAUCAAGUCAUGGCUGGGCUCUUUGAAAAUGUUGUAAGGCUGAAAUUAUUUAUCUUGUGCGAAGAAGUGAGAAGGAACUAAAAUGUGUGGUGUUAUCAACAGCUUAGGUUUCUGUGGUAAAUAUAAAUGAGUUUCCUUUUAGGUAAACUCAUUUUUGUGGAAUUUGAGAUUUGAAAUUGAAAUUAAUUUUGCACAAUCUAGUCAUGGUUGGGCUCCGAGAAAAUGUUGUAAAGCUGUGAUUUAUCUUGUGAAAAAAGUGAAAAGGAACUAAAGUGUAUAGUGUUAACAAGAGUAGGAAUUUCUGUGGUAGAUGAAUUUCAUUUUAAGUAAACUCAUUUUUACAGGAUUUGAGAUUUAAAGUGAAAUUGAUUAAUUUUGCGCAAUCUAGUCAUGGUUGGGAUCUGAGAAAACGUAAAGCUAAAAUUAUCUUGUGAAAAGAAGUGAGAAGGAACUAAAAUGUAUGGUGUUAUCAAGAGCUUCCAUUUCUGUGGUAAAUCUAAAUGAGUUUCUUUUUAAGUAAACUCAUUUUUGUGGAAUUUGAGAUUUGAAAGUGAAAUUAAUUAAUUUUGCACAAUCUAGUCACGACUGGCCUCUGAGAAAACGUUGUAAAGCUGUGAUUUAUCUUGUGGGAAAAAGUGAAAAGGAACUUAAAUUUAUGGUGUUAUCAAGAGUUGGCUGGGCGCAGUGGCUCACGCCUGCAAUCCCAGCACUUUGGGAGGCUGAUCACUUGAGGUCAAAAGUUCCAGACCAGCCUGGCCAACAUGGUGAAACUGGUCUCUACUAAAAUUAGCCGGGCGUGGUGGCACAUGCCUGUUAUGCUAGCUACUCGGGAGGCUGCUUUAACCUGGGAGGCAGAGGUUGCAGUGAGCUGAGAUCUUGCCACUGUACUCCAGCCUGGGUGAUAGAGUAAGACUCUGUCUCAAAAAAAAGGGGAGGGGGAGUUUAGAUUUCUGUGAUAAAUAUAAGUGAGUUUCAUUUUAAGUAAACUCAUUUUGUGGGAUUUGAGAUUUAAAAAUGAAAUUAAUUUUGCGCGUUCUAGUCAUGGUUGGGCUCUAAGAAAAUGUUGUAAAGCUGUAAUUAUCUGAUGGGAAGAAGUAAAAAGGAACUAAAAUUUAUGGUGUGUCUAUUAUGAACCAGGCAUGAUGCUGAGAGUUUAACUGUGUCAUUUUUGUCCUAAAUAGCCCUGUGAAGUAGAUAUCAUUGCAACUUUACAGGUUAGAAAUUUGAGGCACAGAGAGAUGAAAUAUUUGCCUAAAGUGAAAUGGCAAAUUUGGCAAUUUGGACUUGGAUUCAAGUGUUUCUAACUAAAGCCCAGCUCCUUGCAUCAUGCCCUCGUACCUAAAAGACAUGACCUAAUUCAUUUCAGGUGCAAUGUGAAUGAAAAUUACGUGUUAUGACCCAGGCUUGUUGUCUGUGCUCCUUGUUAAAUAGUUCUGUUGGAUAGAUGUGGUCAAUACCCAAAAGCUUUUGCUAUCUUUGCCAGGCAUUGCUCUAAGCACUUGACAUGUAUUAAUUCAUUUAAUCCUUAUAAUUCCAUGAGGUAUGUGCUAUUACCAUUCCCAUUUUACAGACAAAAAAAAAAAAUGAAGCACAGAGGAUUUAAGUAAGUUGUUCAACUUACUUACACAGCUAGUAUGUGGGGGAGGUGGGACCCAAACCCAGGUAUUCUGGCCACAAGCCUAAGGUCUUAAUGCCGUUUGAUGCUGCCUCUCAUGUAACCAGAUAUGUGUGACAGUUGCCUCACAAGUCUUAAAGUGUGAGUGUUCUUGUAGUUCAGGGAAAGCCAUGUCACAUCCACAUGGGAUGAUCAUUGGCAUAGCGCUCUUGCUUUUUGGAGGUGAAACUUGAAUUAAGCCUUGAAUAGGUUCUCCUGGGUGGAGACACAACAGGGUAUUAUGGGUAGAGGGCAUAACAGGAGCAAGAAGCUCAGAGUGCAAGAUUGGUGUUGAUUUGCAUAUGUACCACAAACGUAAACAUGUUGGGAGUCCAGGUACACAGUGUUCCCUGUCUACCCCAAGUUUUGACAACAUUGUAAUUAAUCCAACUGGGGAGUUCUCUGUUCUCUGGAUGUAAGAGCUUGCAACCAUUGUCUGCAAACUCGCCUGUAACAGGCUACAUAGUAAAUAUUUAGGCUUAGAACAAGCAGUCCCCAACAUUUUUAGCAAGAGGGACCCGUUUCGGUUUCCUGGGGGACCGGGAGAGUGCUGGGGGUGGGGGGAAUAUUGUUUUGCAAUGAAAUUGUUUCAUAAGGAGAGUGCAACCUGCACAUGCAGUUCACAGUAGGGUUCCUGCUUCUGUGAGAAUCUAAUGCUGCAACAUAUCUGACAGGAGGUGGAGCCCAGGGGGCAAUGCUUGUUAGCUCCUGCUGUGCAGUCUGGUUCCUAACUGGCCAAGGACAGGUACCAGGCGGUUCCCCAGGGGCUGGGGACCCCUGGCUUAGAGUAAAGGGGCAAGUGGUAAGAAGUGACCUCUGCGCGGUGGGCAGGGUCCUGAUUGUGGAAGGACCUUGCAAGCCAUGGUAGGAGUUUGGAUUUUCCUGUGUUAUUGGCAGCAGAGCUAUUCCAGGUGAUUUUAAUAAUGAAGUAAAGCUCGUAGAGUGUGGUGGUAGACUGCACCAUUUACUAGCUAUAAGACCUUGGUAAAUUACUUAAAUCAAGCUUGUCCAACCCGACUUAUUUUGUUGUUGUUGUUGUUGUCAUUGUUGUCCUUCUGUUUUGUUUUGUUUUGUUUUAGUCUUUCAGCAGCCUGAAGCCAUGCUUUUUAGCCUCUGUCUCUAGUGAUAAGUGGAAAAGGGGGAUGAGGAAGGGGGUUUACUGGACCAACUAGAAACAGAAACUAAGAACCCAUGAAUAUAUUCUCUCCCUUUGACACCCCUAAUAAGCGGUCUUUGCUUCAGUUUUCUCAUAAGGAAAAUGCGGAUACUAAUAGAACCUACCCUAGAGGGUUGUCAGCAAUUUAGCAAGAUAGAAUACCUAGUCAAAGGAUCAAAGGAAAGUACAAAUUAAAUUAGAAAUAGUAAUUUUAAACCGUGGUUUUGCUAAAAUUUCUGUAAUUGUGAUGAAAUGAUUAUCCUUCCAGAUAAAAAUAAUUUGUCAAAACAACUCAAGGAAAGAUAGGAUAAUUUGCUUAGCUCAAUAUCCAUGGAGGAACUUAGAAAACGUUAUCAAAGCUGGACCCAGAGAGUUUCUUUUUGUUUAAUUCAACCCUUUAGAGCACAAAAAUUCUGGUGUGAUGUAAACAUUUUUAGAGCAUAGAAAGAGAUGAAAGGCUUCCCAGCUAAUUUUUCAGAGCAAUUUUGAUACCAAGUGUUAAUAAUGUAUCAAUACUGAUUCAUUAAUUGUGAGAAAUAUACCAUCUCACUAAUGUAAGAUCUUAGAAAUAGAGAUGCAAACAAUUUCUAAAUAAAACACCAACAAAUUGAAUGUUGUUCUUUAUAAUCAGCUGGACCCCUCACCCCCAGAACAUUAAGAAAUGUAUUAAUACGUUGUAUCAGUAGGUCAAAGGAGAAAAGCGAUUUAGUCAUCUGAUGCCAAGAAAGCGAUUUGGUACUAUUUAUCUGUCUUGGUUUUAAAACUACAUGCAGGACCGGCAGGAUACCACCUUAGUUUAGUUUAGAACAUCUGGCUGACCCCAACAGCCCUCCUUAAUGGGAAGAAGUAGAGGAGAGUUUUCAAACGUGGAUACCUAUUCGUUGUUUCUACUUCUAGGAAUUUAUCCCAUAGAACUACUUCCACAGGUGCAAGACUGUUGUGCAGUGUUCUUUGUAAGAGCAAGACUUUAGAAGUAACUUGAAUAUCUAUGAAUUUAUGAAUUGGGGACUGGUUUAAUAAAUCAUGGCAUAUUUAUGAGAUAGACCACUAAGAAGUCAUUACAGAAACUACAGUAAAUCUAAAAGUAUUGAUUUGGAAAGAUUUUCUACCGUAGGUUACUUUUGCCUGUUUUUGAGUUUAAUGUCAGUUGAGUCAUAUACUAUAUUCUCUUUUUUGUGUCUGGCUGUUUUUAAACUCAAGGUUAUGGUUGUGGGAUUUGGCCUUCCUGUGUGUGGCAGUAGUUGGUUUAUUCUCAUUGCUGUGUAGUUCUUUUGUAUGAAUAUACCACAAUUGAAUUACUCAUAGCUUGUGUAAGUCUUAUGGCCCGAAAAACUCAAAUAGUUUAAAAAGUGAAAUUUGAUUGAAGUUAGAGCUCCAAUUAGAGGUAUUUUACAACUUGAUACCUCUAUGCAACAUUAGUGUGCAUUUAUCUAACUUGAGUUCUCCCAUCAUCUUUAUCCCCUUUUGAUUUCUCUCUUUUGGGCUCAUGGUCAUUAGUAUCUCCACUAUAGAAUGGUCAUUAGUAUCUAUACUAUAGAAUGAAAGGGAAACGGGAAAAGAGAUGAAACUUGAAUCCCUUACUUGUGCCUCUCAUUACUGCUCUGGCUCAGGAAGGAUAAAGUGAAGUAGUUCUUUUAUUAACAUACCCUUCCCAGUAACUGGGAUGCAGACCUUCAAAGCAAAUCUCUAGUACAAGAUAUAAUCUGAUACGGUUGUAGCCAGUAUCUUCUAUUUCCAUAGUUAAGUGAUUCAGAGCCAUAACUGAACCUUCCUAAUUCUAGAUUGUUUGGCUUGCCUUUCACAGCCAUUUAUUUAGGUUUCAUAUGCAAUGUAAUAAGGCAAUCCUAACUUGAAAACUGAAAUGGACCUUAGAGAUCGUCUCCGCUGGUAUUCAAAACCUGGUGCAUGGGAAGAUGGUGUCUCUCAUGGGCUGUCCAGCCCACAUACUGGUGGGGUCUCAAUCCAGAAUAGACGCCUGGCUUACAUUUUGGAGGCAAUGUGUUCUCCUUAGGCAAGAGCCUUUUGGAGCUCCUUUACAAAAGCAGUUGGCCCUUAUGUUCUCUUGUUCAUUUGUUUCCAGUAUUUACUCUGUAGGCUUUAAGUUACUAAGCAGUUGGUAAAUGUGUUUGAUUCGAUUCUUAUUUCUAGUCAUGGGCAAUAUAGCCCUUCAGUUUUAAAAGAUUUAUUCUAAAUUGGCCAUGGAAGAAAUCUGGUUUUGUCACUUUUUAAAACUCAACCCAAAGUCCAAUUCAAUUUGAAUUAGCAUUUUGAGAGCAUAUCCGUAUUAUUAAGGUAGUAAGGAUAUGAAGUAACUUUCUUAUGCAUUGCUUUUCAGGAGUAGAGGUUUGCCACUAUCAGGUAACUAAGCAGUAUCACAAAAAUGAUGUCUAGCAACUCCAGUGAAGCUGAUGUGAUAAAAACAAGAAUAUCUACUUAUGAUGAUGACAACACUGUUGUUCUUCAUGCAUAUGAAACAAAACAUAAAUUUGCAAAUGAAACAAAAACUGAGGAACCGAUUACUGUAGCUGAUGCAUCCUGUAAUACUGAAGAGCAACCGAAGUCAGUGUAUGAUGUCCUUACCUAUUGCCAGGUUAUAUAUGAUGCUAUCCAAAACCUGGAUAAGAAGAUUGAUGGCAUUAGCAGAAAGGUUUCAAAAAUCCAACGUUUCAAUGCAAAAGCAGGGUCGACGAAUCGCAAGCCAUCUGGCUUUGGAUAUGGAUAUGCAUACAGAAAUUAUUCUUGCCUGCUUGCUAAAAAGCUUAAACUCCAGAAAAUGAAGAAAAGUCAGGCUUACGAGACAUUCUCCUACUCUCAAAGUUAUAGUCCCACUUCACCGGUGGCAGUGCGGGCAGAUAAUUCCCAGAGCAACAAUCCAGCACCAUCCUUUCACAUGGAAGAAUACCAGCGAGCUGAGCCGGAGGAGGACCCAGUCCUCAGCUGUACUCCGAGUUCAGUGCAUUUCUCAGACCACUCUGAGCAUGGUUUUCAACCGUCUUAUGCAUCUGAUGGUGCAAUGCCUGGCUCUUCACGGCCCUACCGUGGCAGCGCUAGGGUUAACAGCAGCCAAGUUACAAGCGUACCAGUGGACAAUGACAUGUAUUUAGAGGACAACUUCACUAAGCACCCUGCAACAUGGUCGGUGGAAGCAGUGGUUUUGUUUCUGAAGCAAACGGAUCCUAAGACAUUAUCUCCUCUUGUCGAUCUCUUCAGAAACCAUGAAAUUGAUGGGCAGGCUCUGCUCCUACUCACGAGCGAUGUGAUGCUGAAGUACUUGGGUAUGAAGCUGGGAACGGUCAUGAAGCUAUGCUACUACAUUGAACAACUUAAACAAGGAAAAUGCUAUCAAAAUUAAAAAAAAAUCCUUGUACAAAUUUAGAUUGGGCCAACUUCCAGAGAUACCAAUGCCUUAUUAGUGUAGAAUCAUUUUCUGCCCUUUAGUCAUUUUUUUUUGUUUUAGAAAGUAUCUCUCAAAAUAUAGCCAGAAUUGUAGAACUAUGUUAUCGUCCAGUCUACUACUUUCAAAACCAUUUAACUGCUAGAUAGUAUUAGAAUAGUCCAAUAGGAAAUUCAUUCUUUAUAGGUCUUAAAAAUUACUCUUAUUAUAUUGUUUACAAAUAUUUCAUGUAAGAAAUGGAAAAUAAACCCCUUUGAUUCUGGUUCAUCUUUAUACAGAGAACUAAAACAGCUAAGAGAGGUAUUAUCAGGGGUUGGCAACUUCCAUGAUGAAAUCUAUGGGGAUUUUUCCUCAGAAGAGAAUUUAAAGGUGUACCCAUAGAUAGCUCUUUCUGAAGUAUUUUGUCUGUCUGAUGCUGCCGUGUUCUACCAGUUUCCAGAAAGAGAAUAGCCAUAUAAGUUAUUUUUCUUUCUGCUAUUAUUUGUCUACAAGUUUUACUCAGUUUUAGAGAAAAUAAUAAGCUUAAAAACUUUUAUGAAGUGCUCUUAACAGUUUUUAGAUAAACUAUAUGAUAGAUAGAAUGGUUAUUUUAUGCAGGAAAUAUACUACAAGGGUGGUUUCAAUAAAUUCUGACUACUUUUUCUCCCAAAAAACUAUUCUUCUAAAACUUCCAUAUUUUGGCUAAUUUUGGACAUUUAACUACACUUUCAUUGUUUGCACCUCUUUAUAAAGAUACCUCUGUCUAACCUUUUAAGAUAUAUAACCUUAUUUUAUGUGUUUAUUCUUUAUAUAGAUAGUAUUUUAUAUUUUAUUCUAACCUGAAAUAUACACACAAGUAAUUUUUUUUUAAUUUAAAAUGGCAUUUUGUAUUCCCCCAGAGGUAGGAUGAGCCAUAUAUUUGUAAGAUGUUUUAUUUUGUGAAAUCUAAGUGGAUUAUUUGCCAUCACUAUUACCUCUCAACUUACUUUUCAGAGGACAAGAAACAAUCUGUGGAUUGGUUUCCAUACAGGGAAGGUCUCUGUCCUGUGGAAUAUUUCUAAUUUGCUUAGUUCUUAGCCAUUUAUCCUGCUGCACUUUGAAUGAUACAUUAAUUCAGACUAAUGUUUGAGGGCUUUAUUUUGUAAGUUAGAACUUUCAAGUGAAACAUAUUUAGCACUAUUAUUUCAUUAUAAAUGUAUAACAUGUUUAUUACAUUGUAUAACAAAUAUAAGGUUUAUAAGCUAUGAGAAUUGGUGCUGUCACCAUUAGCCACUUAAAAAUGUGAAGAAAAUGUCCGUCAGGGGCAAUAAUGUAACUUUUCUUGUUAGAAAACCAAAUAUACUUUAGACACGACUGCAACUAUUUACAGAAUAGCUUCAUCUAUGUUAUUUCUUAAAUGUCAUAAGAUUCUUACUUAAACUUGGUCUUCUUUCAAAUUGUUUCUAUGAAUAUGCUCUACCCACUUGAA